UCCUGCUCCCCAUCCCCUCCUCCUCCCGCCCUGGGCCCCCCCUGCCAGCCAUGGAGGACCUGGAUGCCCUGCUGUCUGACCUGGAGAACACAACCUCUCACAUUCCCGCCCGGCCCGGGGCGCCACGCGAUCACCCUCCCGAGUCUCUGACUCCUCCCCCACCCUAUAGCCACCCGCAGCAGCCAGGGCCGGGGGACCCAGCCUCUGGUGCUUCUGGGGAGAAGGACCACCUGUACAGUACGGUGUGUAAACCGAGGUCCUCGAAAGCACCGGCGUCCCCAGCGACUCCUGCGCCCCCGUUCUCCUCCUCGAGCGGGGUGCUGGGGGCUGGGCUCUGUGAGCUGGACCGAUUGCUGCAGGAGCUCAAUGCCACCCAGUUCAACAUCACAGAUGAGAUCAUGUCCCAGUUCCCCUCCAGCAAGGGGGCUGACAGGGAACGGAGGGAGGAGAAGGCGAAGGAGACAUCCGAGGAGAAGCCGGCCGGCAAACCCGCCAGCACCCCAGCCCCUCCCCAGCCGAAGCCUUCGGCCAACUCGGCCACUUCGGCCACCCUGGAGCUGGACAAACUGAUGGCCUCUCUGUCCGACUUCCGCGUCCAGAACCAUCUCCCGGCCCCCGGCCCGGCCCAGCAGCCCGUGCUGUCUUCGGUGACCCCGGCCCCGGCCCGGACCCCACCUGCCGCUUCCAGCCCGUCCCCCACCGAGGCCGCCAAGGGAGCGCCGGCGGCAGAGGGGAGCCUGGACAGCAUGCUCGUCCUGCUCCAGUCCGACCUGAGUCGCCAGGGCGUCCCCACGCAGGCCAAGGGGCUCUGCGGCUCUUGCAGCAAGCCCAUCGCCGGGCAGGUGGUGACGGCGCUGGGCCGUGCCUGGCACCCGGAACACUUCCUGUGCGGGGGCUGCAAUUCAGCCCUGGGAGGAAGCAGCUUCUUCGAGAAGGAUGGUGCUCCCUAUUGCCCUGAGUGCUACUUCCAGCGCUUCUCCCCCCGCUGUGGCCUCUGCAACCAACCUAUCCGCCACAAAAUGGUCACUGCUCUGGACACCCACUGGCACCCGGAACAUUUCUGCUGUGUCAGUUGCGGGGAGCCAUUUGGAGACGAAGGCUUCCACGAGCGUGAGGGCCGCCCGUAUUGCCGCCGGGACUUCCUGCAGCUGUUUGCUCCGCGCUGCCAAGGGUGCGCAGGACCCAUCCUGGAGAACUACAUCUCGGCCCUCAGUGCCCUCUGGCACCCGGACUGCUUUGUCUGCCGGGAGUGCUUCGCGCCCUUCUCCGGCGGCAGCUUCUUCGAGCACGAGGGCCGACCCCUGUGCGAGAGCCACUUCCACGCGCGCCGGGGCUCCCUGUGCGCGGCCUGCGGGCUCCCGGUCACCGGCCGCUGCGUCUCGGCCCUGGGCCGCCGAUUCCACCCCGACCACUUCACCUGCACCUUCUGCCUGCGCCCACUCACCAAGGGCUCCUUCCAGGAGCGGGCCGACAAGCCCUAUUGCCAUCCCUGCUUCCUCAAGCUCUUCGGCUGAGGAGGCCCCACCCUGCCCCCGCAGGCUCUGCCCCCGCCACCCUCCAGACCCCUUCAGAAGUAGAAGCCAAACCCCUGAGACAAGCCCCGCCGUGGCAGGAGCCCCGAAACUUUAGUAGCCCCACACCUCUUGGGGACAACAGUUGGGAUGGAGGCCCUGAGGAAGCCCCCUUAGAGGCCCCAGGGAGACCCCAUGGAAGCCCUGUGGAAUCCCCGUGGAGAUCCGGUCUGGGGGCUUCUGGGAGAGACUUUGGGCCAGCACCCCCACUUGUCUGUGCCCUGAAUCCCAUCCUCUUGCCUUGUGCCCCAUCCUUUAUAUCUCAGACCCCAUCCUCAGUGUCCUGGACCUCAUCCUCUGGGUGCUGGUCUCUGUCCUCGGGGCCCUUGGCCCCAUCCAAUGUGCCUUGGGCCCCGUCCUAUGGGGACUAGGCCCCGUUCUUUGGGCCCUGGGCCCCAUCUUCUAGGUGUUGGAUUCAGUCCUCUGUGGCCUGGAUCCUGUUCUUUGGGCCCGAGCCCCCUCCUCUGGGUGCUGGACUCAGUCCUCUCUGACCUUUCUCCCAUUAUUUGGGCCCUAGGCCCCAUCCUCUGGGGGUUGCACUCCUUUGUCUGUGCCCUGGAUCCAGUUGUUUGGGCCUUGGGCCCUGUCCAAUGUGUCCUGGGCCCUGUCCCCUCUACCCUGGGCCCCUUCCUCUGGAAACUGGGCUCCAUUCUCUGGGUUCUGGGCCCCAUCCUCUGGCCCUGGGCAGAGCCAAUUGGCUCAAUUCCUCCCAGGGAGGGGCAAGUCCUCCCCCACUCAAAGGAAGGUGUUUUCGGGCAGAAUCCAGAAACAUCGUGAUCUUGCUGGGCAGAUGGGGAUAUCUAGAACCAUCUUGACUUCCUGAAUUGUGAGGUGGGGGCUGCGGGAGUUGCUCUUUGGCUCUGGGAAAGGGCUCACGUGUUUUUGGGGUCCCUGCCCCCUCACUGCUGUACUCACUAAGCUCUCAUAUAAAGACACAUUCCACAGACUGGCUCUGCCUUCCUGCCUGCCUCAGAGCCUUCCUCUGGGGCCAUCAGAUGUCCCACCUCCACCUUCAGUUGUCUCUGCCUGCCCGGUGUUGUCGGUUCCUGGUCCUUUUAAAUCUUGCCAAGGGAUUCCCUUUUGCUGGCUCUCCCUCUGCCCUCUCUGGCUGUCCCCCUCCCUCCCCUGUGCUCCCUGGCUUUCCAGCAGGAUCCCCAGCUCCCCUCAGCCGCUCUUCCCCGUCUUCCCUUUCCGUCCUCGGCUCU